AUGGUUAGUGUCCCAAAGGUGUCAUCGGCUGAACCGAUUAAGAAAUACCUAGAGGAAGGAACCUUGCCUGUGGACAAGAGAGAGGCCCGAAGGUUGGUGUAUAAGGCUGCUAGGUACACCUUGGUAGAUGAGGUUCUAUACAAGAGAGGGUCCUCGAUGCCACUUCUGCGAAAUGUAGAGAAGGAGGAGGCGCUGAAAGUACUGCAUGAGAUACAUGAGGGUGAGUGUGGCAACCAUAAGAGUGGACCCUCCAAGACCAGGAAGGCCAUGAGACAAGGAUACCAGAUAUCCCAUGGCUACAUGAUGCUGUGUCCUGUUCAGAAUAGAGUAAAAUGGAGCCAAGAGGUGUGGGGUAGAAUUAACCUGCCAAGACAUAGUUUGGUGUUCUGGAUAGCUGUUCAGAAUCGGUUGAGAACAAGGGAAAAGCUGCAGAAAUAUAAAAUAAUUGAUGAAUCUCACUGCUUGUUCUAUCGGCGUCACACAGAAACAGAGGAGCACUUAUUUUUCGAUUGCUCUUUAGCUUGGCUUUGCCUUCAGCAAGUGAAGAACUGGCUUCGAUGGGGAGCUGAAUCAAGGCAUCUGGGUAGUCUUCUAAGGUGGAUAGAAAGAACCAAAAUAAGUAAGUUCAAAAAACAAUGUUAUUCUGCUGCACUUGCAGCUUUGGUUUACCAAGUCUGGCAUGCCAGAAAUGAACUUCUCUGGCAUUCGAAGGUGAUGACAGCAGAUAUGAUUGUAAGGAAGAUUAAGGAAGAUGUUAAACAUAGAGUUAGCUGUGUUCGGCCUAAAUGUGUCAAUACAAUAGAAAUAGAAUGGUUCUUGGCAUUAUAA